ACAUUGAACUUUGACAUACCUCUGCUUCCCAAGGACUGGGGUUUCAGGGGUAGGGGUACAUCAUAGUGCUUGGUUUUAUGGUGACCUGGGUGUGAACCCAGGGCUCCAUACAUUCUAAACAAGGACUCUUAAUACCUGAGCUGCAUCACCAGCUCCUGGAUGUUUUGUUUGUUCGUUUGGUUGGUUGGUUUUUUGUUGUUUUAUUUUAUUUUUCCUUUUAACCUUUCAAAACAAAACUCCCACAGAGCCUCGUUAUAGUGUGUAUUUACUACACUGUAGGUCAGGGGAGGUCUUUGUAAACCUUUUUCCCUACACCUGACAAAAUGCAGAAAGCAGAGUUGAUUAGGCUCCAGGAUCUUAGAGGAUCUUAACCACAUGGUGAUUUCUCCUGCACUCUGCAGGUCCCUAUAGUCUCCUAUUGUCAGCAGUUUUGAGUGUCUUUGGGGUCCUGUUUACACAGCCAGAUUACGGGAAAUCAGUGCAAUGGUGCCUUAGGUUUCCAUCCCUCUUUGACCCUAAGGUGUCCACAGCUCAGAUGAUUGCAGAGAAUUUGACCCAGCAGAAUCUUACCCCUGAUCUCUUUUGGCAACUGUUUCCUAUCAUUAGUGACAUUAAUGAAAUUUCUUUAUGUUUUUCUGUGAGGCCAGGUGGAUAAAAAUUCUGAGCAGGAAUAGGGAAAUUAAGGAUAAUAAAACCGCCAUCAAAGUCAAACAGUGAUGCAUUUCAAUACUCUCCCUGCCCCCCAAUAAACAUAAAAACACUUUACGCUUAAGUGGAAAUGUCACCAGUCUUUCUGUGAUGUUAGAGAUAGGACUUGGAGCUCAUUUAUACUAACCCCCACGGAAGGAUCCUUUAUUGUAGUAUUUAUGGAGAUUCCUUGUUACCUUCCAAAUAUCCUUGUCUCUUCCUGUUCCUGUUGGCUCUGGCAUCUUUUGAAGAGCGGUGUGUUUUUGCAUAACAUGUGCACUUUUUCCUCCCCCUCCCCCCAAACGUGCAGCACAUUCAACAUUGCAAGCAUUUUCUUUCUCUCUCUCUCUCUUUCUCUCUCUCUCUCUCUCUCUCUCUCUCUCUCUCUCUCUCUCUCUCUCUCUCUCUUUCUUCCCCUCUUUUGCUUAGAACAGAGGUGGAAACCCCAGGGGACUCCAGUACCCACUUGAUAGGCGCACUCUCUUAAUCAGCCUGUAAUGGAGCUAAUGGCUGUUUGUCAUCCUUGGAGAUAUAAAUUUCCUGGCGGUGGCUCCUGCAGACAGGGCGUGAAGUGUGCUCUGUGUGCCAGCAAGGGCUGAUAAUCAGCAGAGGGGCAGGGUGCUCCGUUAGCCAGAAGAGUCUAGGCUUCCGGGCUGCCAGCUGCCGGACUCGCCUCUCCACUUCUGAGACAUGGACAAAGCCGUUGAUGGACUAGACAAAGCCUCCAUAGCAAACUCAGAUGGCCCCCCAGCAGGUUCCCAGACACCUCCCUUCAAGAGAAAGGGGAAACUCUCCACCAUUGGGAAAAUCUUCAAGCCUUGGAAAUGGAGGAAAAAGAAGACCAGUGACAAAUUUAGAGAAACCUCAGCAGUAUUAGAGAGGAAGAUAUCCACCAGACAAAGUAGAGAGGAGCUGAUAAGAAGGGGCCUGCUUAAGGAAUUGCCUGAUCAAGAUGGAGAUGUAACAGUUAACUUUGAAAAUUCAAACGGGCACAUGAUACACAUCGGAGAGGAAGCUACCCAAGAGGAGAAUGUAGGGAAACCUGAAGAAGGGAGUGACUCUGUGUGUGAGAAAACACCACCUCGGGAGGAGCAGGCAGAAGAGAAGACAGAGAACACUGAAAUCCACUCUGAACCAACGGCUGCUCCUACUCUACCUCCUACAGCUCCUCCUAAACCUAAACCCAAACCUAAACCAAAAAAGUCUCCUGGGCCUCCCAAAGGGGCCACGGCUGCGGCCAGCCACAAAGGAGAUGAAGUGCCUCCUAAUAGAAAAAAUGUCAAGGCUCCCAGUAAGCAGGCCCCAACCCCUCCACCCAAGCCAACAAGCCGAAACACAUCCCGGGAGGCUGCUGCAUCCAGAGCUGGUUCUUCUCACCCGAAGAAAGCAACCGGCUCCAAAGCGUCAGCCUCACCGUCCACUUCCUCCACCUCUUCUCGUCCCAGAGCACCCAAGGAGUCACUGGCUGGCAAAGCAGGCCUAGUGGGGACCACGAGGGGCAAGAAAAAAAUUAGCAAGCAGCCGGUGGCGUCCCGACUGUCCCCCAGCACGACCACUUCUGACACGCCUAGUCUUAAGGGAGAGCUCUCAGACACUGGGAUAGAGAGCCUCACACCAGAGGAGACUGUUGCUGGAGCAGAGGAGCAGGCCACAAGCAAAUCCAAGGCGGCCAUCGCUCUGCCACCUAGCACAGCACCACCAUCCCCACCUGCCCUUCUUCUGCCCCCUGAAGAUCAGUGCACUAUUGCCUUGGACACUCCCAUGGUCCUAGUCAGUGAUGGACCUACCCUGCCCGUCUCUGCCUUAGACACAAGUCAGCUCCUUUGGACUGAAGAACCAUCGAGCAGAACCUCUCCGUACUCAAGCACUGGCUUAGGUGGGAGCAGAGAACAGGCAAAAUGUUUUACAACCAAAGAUGAGCUGGGACCACAGUUACUGACCCCUGGGCAGAUGGGAGACUCGUCAGAAUCCUUCAGUGCCCCAGAAGAUGAGGCCCCAAGAGAGUACCAAGCCAACGACUCUGACUCAGAUGGACCCAUCUUGUACACUGAUGAUGAUGAUGAAGAAGAUGAUGAUGAUGACAGCAGUGGAGAAAGUGCACUGGCAAGCAAGAUAAGACGAAGGGAUACACUUGCCAUCAAACUUGGCAACAGACCGUCCAAGAAAGAACUGGAGGAUAAAAACAUCCUGCAGCGAACAUCUGAAGAGGAGAGGCAGGAGCUGCGACAACAGAUCGGAACCAAGCUGGUCAGGAGACUCAGCCAGAGGCCAACAACGGAAGAAUUAGAGCAAAGAAACAUCUUAAAACAAAAGAACGAAGAAGAGGAACAAGAGGCGAAAAUGGAGCUCAAGCGGAGGCUCAGCCGGAAGCUCAGCCUGAGACCUACCGUGGCAGAGCUACAAGCCCGAAGGAUCCUGCGGUUCAAUGAGUAUGUAGAAGUGACAGAUUCCCCAGACUAUGACCGCCGAGCAGACAAGCCCUGGGCCAGGUUGACACCUGCAGACAAGGCAGCAAUAAGGAAAGAACUAAAUGAAUUUAAAAGCACAGAAAUGGAAGUUCAUGAAGAGAGUCGACAGUUUACAAGGUUUCAUCGUCCAUAAUGAAGCGUGGAACUGCUCGGAAAUAAAGACUGACUGCCCCCGGCAGAAGCCCUGCUUCCUGAGACCCUGCCAUUGCACUGAGAUUUGAAUGUGUAUGUUUCCGUUUCGUUGUGGGGGAGGAGCUGUACAACCGGCUUUGGUUGAGAAUGCUUCACCUCGACAGCCCAGAUGAGGCCAAGAAGCUGAGAGCCAGAUGCGGCAAGCCUGGCUGCCCACCACCGUGUGCACUGACAUAAGGGGCACUCUGGUCCUCUCAGCUGUCCUGCAGCAGGAAUGUUAAUCAAAGAAGACGAGCAGAAGACAAUCGCCAGUUCAACUGCCAGAAAGCCAAACAUGGGUUCAUAAACAAUAGACAUUGGAAUUGCUGGGGGUCACCCCAAACAGGGUGAGAGCUAAAACUAAGAAAGAAAGAGAACUGUUUCAUUAUGUUAAUGAAGAGAAGAAGAAUAAAGAGAGGUAUAUUUUUGAAGUAGGCAUUUGGUAGCUGAGAACUUCCUAAGGGAUUUGGGAACCUACUCAACCAAUGUAGAUUCCUUAAAGACUUCAUUCUAGAACAUUCUUGUUUCACCAAUAAUGGUUCUGUGUAGUACCAUUUUUUUCCUUUAUGUUGUGCCAGUGAACCCAGUUGCCAGAAACAAAUAUGAGUGUUCAUUAAAUGCAAGGAGCUUCUGCCAGCUCUUCCCAAGCAUGCUUGCUCGCACUGUGUUGCAUGCCUCUCAGUAGUACAGCUAACCACACAUUUUCUUAUAUUGCUUUCCUUAUGUAUAGCGCUCUACAAGGGAAACAGGAAUACGGUCAGAUGUAAUGUGACCCUGGAAAACUGUUGCAAGCCUUAGAAAUAAACCUUCUGCUCUUUCCCUGUCUUCAUUAUCUCCAAAGUCAGGAAACCGUUCUUUAGUUAAGGAAGAUGAUAUGGACAGUCACGACACCCUUUAAACACUCAGUCCAGAGCUCCAACUUAAGCAACAUACAAGUGUCUGCUGCUUUCUCAAAGUUCUGAGAGGGAAUUUAAAAAACAUACCAGUUAGUUUAAAAUGCUGCAUUAAGAAGAUUUUUUUUUUAAAGUUAGAUCGCUGCUAUUUAAAAAAUAAAAUAAAACAGCAAAGACCAAGCACAUGAAUUUCACAGAAAUACCCUACGGAUUAAAGGAAGCCAGAAGACUCCUGGUUUAUGUAAGGAAACCUUACCGUCGAUGAUGAAUGUGUGGGUCAUAGCCAUACACCCGGUAUUUACUCUCCAUGCCAGAGAAACUGUAAGAUAGUUGGAGCCAGUUUCCCCCAGGAGCCUGUAAUCAGUCUUGUUUACAUUAAAAAGCUUUCUUCCCUCAAACUGUUCUUCUCUGCAGUGUUAGGGCCCAGCACAGAACCCCAGAAGGGCUCACUUGUAAUACUACCUUGAAUUUCACUGUCCCUUAACGAUUGUUUUGGGCCCCUUUGGAUUAAAAACAAACUGAAAAGAAGGAGGAGGAGAAGGAGGCAGAAUCUAUAUCACACUUUUUUUUAAAAAAGAAGGCAGAAUGUAUUCCAUGUCUAGCUCGUUCUUUGAUCUGGAACUAUGACAAUUCUAAAGCCCUUUAGCUUUAAAAUGUGGACGCCUGUAAUUUUCUAUUUCAACUGAAUAGUCAGCGUUCAGUCAGUUGAGUAAGUGUCGGUCCGCCAUUCUGUGGUAUUUGGAGGGACCACUUGAAAUUCGAUGAUUUCAUUUAAAUGUGAAAGUGGUUAGCUGCAGUGGACUGUUGUGAAAGGCCAGAAGGACCAUGCCAAGAGGUAGCCAGCAUUAUUGUACCCGUAGCUGUGCUUAGCUGUUUGCAUUAAUAAAACGGGGCUGCUGUCCAUACUAGUUCGUCCCUCUAAUGGCAUAAGACAGACUUUGCUUUUGAAAUAGCAUCUGUGAGUGCACUGGUAUUUGUCUGGGGGAUUGUUUGAUUUGUUGUUUUGCAGUGCUGAGAUUGAACCAGGACCCUGUGCAUGCUCUGCUCUGAGUACUCUAACCCCUGAGCUACACCCCUAGCCUUUGUUGAGACCCCUAGAGUCUCAACUCAACCAUAAAUAGUAACCUUGUUCUCAUGACUUGCAACAGUGUUUUCCUUCAUGAGAUCCUACUCUCCUCUUAGUGGCGUGGGGAAAAUGCCAAGGCAGACGAUGCUUCUCUGGCUAUGCUUCUAAUCUCAGAGCAUUUUAAACCUUCUAGUCAAGUGUUAUCAGUAUGUUGUGAAUGUAAGACAGGAGCACAGGUUGUCAUUCACAGUGUGUGUCAUAGAAAGUUGCUAUUUGGUUGGUCAAAAGAAUCUUUUUCCCCACUAGUGGUGCGAGUGAUACAGUUUUUUACUUUCCACAGUGAUAUUCACCCACUACAAAACAAAAUGCAAAAUGCCUAGGCUCCAAGUUCACCCCCCAAUGCACAAAUGAAAACCUGUCUCCUGACACCAUCUGUCAGAUUUGUGAUACAUAUAACUUUUAUUCAUACUAACUGAUACACUUGGAGAAAUUAAGAACGCUAAAAAUUAACUACUAGUAGUCUCAUAUUUAACUAUCAGGGACCACUGAUUACUUCAAUAUGAUGGUCUAUUAACUGUUUUAAAAGCCAUGGAAAGAAUUAAAAUAUCAUGAGCCAAGCUGUAGUUCUCAGAAUAAGGCUCUAUUUUGCUGGUUAAUUUGUAAAGGCAGAAAAGUUUAAAGGCUACAUAGCCUCAGCAGCAUCCCAUUCCCAGGUCUCCAUCCAGGCAUCCCCACAGAAGGCAAAGGCAAGGCUCUCUCUCCCUGUAAUUACCCCUCUGCCCAUUGCCAGCAUUGCUGCAGUCCAACCAACAAGCUGCUAUUCUUUAAGAAAAUGAAUAUGUGCAGAGAUCGUGUGUGUGUGUGUGUGUGUGUGUGUGUGUGUAUGUUGCAGUUGUAACACAAUUCCAGUUUUUCACUAAAGCAACUGAGUGAGCUUUCCUGACUCCUGAGUUAUGAUAAAGAAAUGAAAAUUUGCCCAUAUCACUAAAGGUCCCAGCAAGAAAAAAACUAGAUGAUAGAAAAGCCAAAGUGGCCAAUUCCACCUUGGUUUUUAAUGGAGGAGGGAGACCCUGUUGAUAUUAAGGCAAUGAGAAGACUCUAAGUCCCCUUCACGCAGCAGCCUCAUGGUCAUUACAACUGAUGUGACAAACACAGCCCUAAUCCAUGUUCGCUUGGGGCAGCUUGACUGGUCGUUUCCUCUACGUGUGAAAUGUCCUGUGGUUUUAUGUUAGCUGAAAUUUAUCUUUAUGUUUACUCCUUGAAUCGUUUAACCCAAAGUCUGUGAUAUUCAGAGAACCAUCUUGGGUAUUUGAGCAGCUAUUAAUUAAAGGAAAGGCAAACAUAUCAAUCUCUCUGCCUUACCCAGAAAGGAAGCUGCCUUCCUGGUUUCUUCUUCAAAUAAAGACAGUUCUCUGUCUCUAGUGUCAGAAGAAUGUUCUGAAACUUAAUUGCAAAUAUAUUUAAGGAAAGAGAAGAAUCUAAUAUACUUUUCAAAAAUCACCAGAUAUUGAAAACGAGUUGUGAGCCCUUAGUAACAGCCAGGCUUUUUGAGGGAGAAAAAAAAAUGUGUGUUCACAUCUCAUGUCCAGAUACACUCCACAGCAACACACGCCAGACAAGGCCCUGGAACGUUGUGCUGUAGGCACAAUAGAAAGAGGCCAGCCUAUUGCAUAGCAGAAUGUCUGCAUGUGAACAGUAAGAGAUAGUUCCCCUUUCUUCAUCUCUUGCUCUCAAAGUCCAUCCUGUGUUACUUGAGCAUGAUCCUAGCAGCAUAUUUUCAAGAUAUCAACAUUCUUUAGAGUAUGUGAAACAGGCUUAAUCUAAUGCAGGAUAUAUAGAUUUAUGUCUUUUCCCUCAGCAUGGAGAAUUUGUUUAUGCAUUCCUAAACCCCCACUUCACUUGCUUAUCAUUACAAGUACAAGAAGCUGUAUUCAGAGAUCAUUAUUCCUUCACGUCCGUCCAGUGCCCAGAUUGUCCCUUCGCCCCUUAAAAUGAUUAAUCUUUUGUUAGUAUUUGCUGUCUCCUUAGAGCUGAUAUGUUUUUAUUUAACAAAGCAGAAUGAACCUUUAGGAGAUAUGUGCUGGAGAGGCCAAUGGGCACAAAAUAAGCACUUGUCAAAUGAAUGAGAACAGCUUCCUGACAGAAAGCACAUUCCUAGGGAGUUCCAAAGAGGGCCUCGCGGCCCCACUACCAAGGAGCACGCAGACCAAAGGGUGAUGGAGAUGCAGGAAGAUGCAGAAGCUUAAAUCACUGUUAGCACUUCUAGAAAGUAACUGUAAUACAGACCUGCGCUUCUUUUUUUUUUUUUUUUUUUUUUUUUUUUUGGUAUGACUGUAUUUUGUUUUGUUUUGUUUGUUUGUUCUUUGUGGCCAGCUUUACCCCAUAAUUUAAAAAGAAAAAUCUCUCUCUUUUUUUUCAACAUAUAAAAAUGGAAGGUUUUGGCAAAGAACUGGAGAGUCCUGUGGCUGCUAUUCCGACCUAAUGCCAGAUUUUAGCCGUGUUGGGUUGUAAUGCAGGAGAAUGCCAUUUAGCUGGUUGCUUCUCAUACACAGUUGUAUGGGAACAAAGAACGGUUGAUAGAUGUUUCCCAGUGGGGGUGCUGUUGGCAUUUGGAUCAGGAUAAAUCCUUGUUAUGCUGAAAUGUACCACAUGUUGCAAGAUGUUCAGAAUCCUGGGCUCCUGGUGACUUAACACCAGACAUUGUGAGAACCCCCAAGAAAGCUUCCCACUUGCCUGCAUAGAAGGGUGAACCCCUUCACCUGAAUGUCACUGUCUACUGCAACAAGGGACCAUGGUGGAAUGUGCCUGUCUCUAAAUACCAUGUCUACUGCCUUGCAUGUCUCUACCCACUUCUCUUUCAAAGCCUUCUGCUUAGAUGCAGCUUAAACUGGCCUGUUCCCUAGAAAAGAGGUUCCUAGGUGGCCUUGUCCAAUACAGUGGGCAGUGGGCAGCGUGACAUGGCCUGAUACCUCUGGAGGGUACAUGAAGCCAAUCUUGUUCGUUACUUCAGUGUUACUUCAGAUCUAGACUCCUGGUUGCUGGCACACAGUGGCUCUGAGUCAAACAUUUGUCUAGGAACUCAGCAUUGGAGUCUACCUGGUAAUAUUAGAGACCGGGUUACAAAAGAGUUUCCCUUCCUCCUGUUGACAGCGCAGUUAAUCCACACAAAAAAGCACUUGGACUCCCUCAUGUAAACAUAUCCAUAUGGUUCUGCCUUUCUAAUAAGCUGUGCAAAUGUGACAUUGUGGCAGAAAUGUGGGUAAACUGGAUUGCAUUCAUAUUGUUCACACCACAGAUAGGCAAAACAAAAUGAGUUUUCCCCCAGGUGCAAGCUCGAUCAAGCUGUGCUAACCAUACAGAAAGAUACUCUUUAUGCCACUGAAAUUGAAUAGUCAAUAGGUCUUGAAAAAUAUUUAGAUGAAUUGCAGCUAGCUGCAAGGAUGGAAUUAAUUCCUCCCAUUCUAAUAUUUUAAAAUUCAAAUUCUAAAGACCUUUUUUUUUAAGCAUAGCAACUUGGAAUCAAUAAAGGUGGUUAUAGUGUAAACCUAUAGAUGGUGCUUAAAAAAAAUCUUAUCUUUCUUAAUAGCAGUAUUUUUAAAAAGAGAGAGAGAGAGGAUACAUUGAAAGAAGUAAAUGUGGCAGAAUGCUGCCCCACCCUCAGGUCAAUUUUGUGGUUUAUUAAAAUGCCAAUAAUAUUUGUGCACUUGCCAGCAUCAGGGGCUUUUCCCUUAAUGGAUGCUCUUGAUGUGAUUUUUGAGUGUAUCAUUACAUUGCUUAGAAAGCAUCCACCAUGAAAAUUUGCCACCGUAGUGAUGACUAGCAUUAGGAAAGAAUUAUGAAGAACUGAGGGUUAAACCACUUUCAUCCCUUAAACUAUAGGCACUAACUCUUUAGUAUUUCUUCUGUGGCUUAGACAUGUGCCCACCCAUCUUCCUCUCUCCUCUCUCCUCUCUCCUCUCUCCUCUCUCCUCUCUCCUCUCUCCUCUCUCCUCUCUCCUCUCUCCUCUCUCCUCUCUCCUCUCUCCUCUCCUCUCUUCCCUAAGUAACAAUGUAUUUUCCAUAAUGGACUGUCUGUGUUCUUUUGUUCUUUUGAACUUUGGUUAAAGUGAUAAAGAUUCCUGUAAACUGGGAUCACUGGGAUCCAGUGUGUGAUCUAAUCUUUACACAGGUGUGCUAUCUGUGGGUAUUAAUAACUGGAACUAUACCCGGAUAUCACGACAGUUUCUCCCUCAUUUUGUUCCUAACUCAUUACUAUAUUAUAGUAUGUGGGUGUGACCCCUGCAAGUAUCCACACUGAAGCAUAUGUAUUCCACGAUUGUAACCUGAAAGACCAUGUAUUAUCUUUUUUAUUCCAUAUUGGUGUUUGUGUUAUUUAAAAAUGGAAAAUUAUACUCAAUCUCGUAGUAUAAUAUAGUAGGAUACUCUGCUGUGCACAAUUCCAAGUGCCUUAGAACAAUGUUUAGCUUUCCUAAGAAUAUGUAUAUGCAUAUAUGUGUGUAUAAAAUUGGGAAACGUUACCUCAAUAAAAUCAUUGGGAAAUCCUA